AUGUCCGUGAACAUGGAUGAGCUUAAGCACCAGGUCAUGAUCAACCAGUUCGUGCUGACGGCCGGCUGUGCGGCCGACCAGGCGAAGCAGCUGCUGCAGGCGGCCCACUGGCAGUUCGAGACGGCCCUCAGCGCCUUUUUCCAGGAGACCAACAUCCCCUACAGUCACCACCACCACCAGAUGAUGUGCACUCCUGCCAACACCCCCGCAACGCCCCCCAAUUUCCCCGAUGCCCUCACCAUGUUCUCCCGUCUCAAGGCUUCUGAGAGCUUCCAUGGUGGUGGCAGUGGCAGCCCAAUGGCUGCCACAGCAACGUCGCCCCCGCCACACUUGCCCCACUCCACCGCCACCAGCAGCUUUGCAGCGCCCAGCUGGCCAAUGGUGGCUUCACCCCCAGGGGGGCCACAGCACCACCAGCCGCAGCAGCCGCCUCUGUGGACUCCAGCACCCCCUUCCCCGGCAUCAGACUGGCCACCCCUGGCCCCCCAACAGGCCGCCUCAGAACCAAGGGCCCACCCUGCCAUGGAGGCAGAGAGAUAAGGGAGGCCCCUCCCCCCUCCCGGAGGCCAGGACCCCGUGGGGCGGGGGAGAAGACAUCUCCGCUGGCCCCCUUUACCUUCCUCUGUCUGCACCCCCAUUCCCUGGAGCCCUGGAGGGGAGAGACUGGACCCCCGUGCCAGCACACAGGCUGCCUGCGAGUACCCAGAAGUGCAGGCACGUGGCACCCAGCUUGCAUGGAUUUGGUUCAGAGUCAUCUGGGUGCUGGUGGACAGAACUUAAAGAGACCAAGCAGCCUUCCCCAGAGGACUCACCCCACCUCAGGAGGCUUCGGAGACUUGCCAGGCUCCUGCCUUGGAGCUCCUAGAGGCCUGCAGGCCUAUAUCCCCACCCUUGGGAAUGCAGAGCCUUCUCCGCAUGUGUGCGUGUGGCUGUGUCUGUGUAUUUAUACGUAUGUCACUCUUCAAGAAGCAACCUAGUUUAUGGGGCA